UCACGAUGAAGUCACCAUUUAGGGGGAGAAAUCGCGAGACGACACGGGCGCUUUUGAGUCCUCUAAACGCAGGAAUCAUAAUAAACCCUAAUCAUCUGAUGAUCCGAAGAGUUUCGGGCUUUUGCUUCCUUCCCGCUGCCUCAGAAACACGCAGUCGCGCUGCUGGAGCCGGACGGCGGACGUGAUGAUGCGGCCCGUCAGCCUCAGCAUCCUCCGCCGGCAGUGACCGCGGAGGAGCCGCGCGCGGCCGACAGGGAGGGGUCCCUCCAUCCCGGGGCUUUUUCCUCCGCAUGGAGCCCGGAUAUGUGCAGGCAGCGAUGGCGAUGGGAGAAGUGUCGAAGAGGGUGUCGGCUCGAAACGUAGCGGUGGAGAGGAAGAACCUCCUCACGGUCUGCAGGUUUUCCGUUAAGACUCUGCUAGAGAAAUACACCGCCGAGCCCAUCGAUGAUUCAUCCGAAGAGUUCAUCAAUUUUGCAGCAGUCCUUGAACACAUCCUCAGCCACCGUUUUAAAGGCUCUAGUAGCUGGUUUGACGGUCAGAGGAGUUACUGGGACUACAUCCGCCUGGCAUGUGCUAAAGUCCCCAAUAGCUGCAUCAGCAGCAUUGAAAGCAUGGAAAACAUCAACACAUCUCGAGCGAAAGGUCGAGCCUGGAUGAGAGUCGCCCUCAUGGAGAAGAGGCUGUCUGAGUACAUCGCCACUGCUCUGCGGGACAGCAGGACAACCAGGUCAGACUGACUGUAGUCUAAAUGACUGACUGUCCUCCAAGAUGGCUGACUGUCCUUUAAAAUGACUGACUCCGACCACCAGGCUUAGCAGGUUUUCUGGGGGAAACACUGCAAUACUUUAACCUUUUCGAAUCCUAGUACAUUACAACUAUUACUCAUUUACAAUUUCUGAGUCUUAAGCCUGAUAUUAAAAACGAGGCUUAAUCAAUCCUAACCAAUUUAGAAAUCAAUAGUUAGAGUUUUUAUCUUUUACUUUUUCAUGUUUGCAUUUAUUAUAGAUUUUCUUUCCCACUCUCUUUUUCCACUAUGCAAAAGAAAAUAAAUGUUUGACUAAACAAGCUAAAUUUACUUCCUAAUGUAUAGAUAUUGAAAAAAAAUUACUGAGAUUAUCAGAUAUGGUGCAUGUGUCAAACUCGAGGCCAGAGGGCCAAAUCUGGUCCGCCAUAGCUUUUAUGUGGCCCUCUAGACUCCAAAUUAUAGAAAUAGGCCUCUCCAGGUUUUCACAAAUAACCGCAAAAUUCACACAAAAAUCAACAGAUCCCUGCAUUUUUCUGAGUUUAUCAACAUUUUUUCUCAAAAUUGGCCAAAAACAUUUGGGUUCAAGUGACUGCUGUCUCAGCGUUACUUGAUGUAACGCAAAUCUGCAAAUCUUUCAUUGCUUGCAAUAUCACUGACCCGUUCAGACAUUCGCAAAGCUCUUUCGAAUCGACCGUUCAGGUAGUUUACGACGAUUUUAGUGAUUGUAUUUCGGAGAAAAUGUUUCAUCGUACACCGAAAUACCAGAGUGGAGUGAUGGGGCCCCAUCACUCCACGAGUGAGCUAAAGAUGGUCCAACUCCUCAACCAGGAAUCAUUUGUAGCUCAAAUACUGGCUGAGAGAGAGAAAAGUAACGACCUCAAAGAAGAAUUGGACAGACUGCAGACUUCCUACAAGGAGCUGGGCUCUCAGUAUGAAGCUGAUGUUUCUCAGGUGAGGCAGGAGGCCGAGACACAAGCUUUGUGAAGAGAGGCUUAGUGAGCAAUGAUGGCUCCUGGAGAGUAUGAGAGCUGAAAAGGACCAAAUGUCUCAAGAAAUGUCAAAAAAACAUCGCUUUCCUGCAAGACAAUGAGAAACUUUUGAAGGAAGACUUGAAUCAGAUCAAACGUUCGUACAAUGAUCUCAUUUGCAAGCAUAAAAGCGAAGUUUCAGGGCUCAAACAAGACAUGGAAGUAUAUCGGCAGCAGGUGAACUAUGAGAAAGACGCCAACUUAGAGAGAGCGAAUGCGAAUCUACAGCUCAUCAACAAUAUGAGAGCCGAGAAGGACCAAAUGUUUCAAGAAAUGUCAGAAAAGAUCACAUCCCUGCAAGACAAUGAGAAACUUUUGAAGGAAGAACUGGAUCAGAUCAAACGUUCGUACAAUGAUCUCAUUUGCAAGCAUAAAAGCGAAGUUUCUGGGCUCAAACAAGACAUGGAAACAUAUCGGCAGCAGGUGAACCAAGAGAAAGACGUCAACUUAAAAAGAGCAAAUGAGAAUCUGGAGCUCAUCAACAAUCUGAGAGCUGAGAAGAAGGAGCUCCUCCAAAAAAUGUCGAGAGAGCUCACAGUUACGCAAAAGACGGAGAAGCUGCUGCUAAAUGAUCUUGAUCGGGUUCAUGUUUCAUACGAUGAGCUAAAUGGUAGGUAUAACAAAGACAUCAUGGAAUUACAGCAGCAGCUCGAAACAUUCCUGGAGAAGACAAAGAAGGAGGAAACGGCUCUUGCAAACAAAGAGAAGAAAGACAAGAUUAUCCGUGAGUUACAGCGCAGGUUUUCCACUGCGCUGCACCAGCAAGUAGAAAAACUUGAGCUCCAGAUGAUUCAGCAGAGAAAAGCUCAUCUGCAGAAGUUGAAGGAGGACGUGGCGCUGAUCAACAACAUGAGAGCAACGAAUGCCGUCCUCCUUGACAACACAGCCAAAGAGAUUCAAUUCCUGCAAGAGAAGGAAAGAGACGCCCAGGCUGAGUUGGAGAAGUUCAAAGCUUUGUACCAGGAGCUUACCUGCCGGUGUGAAAAAGAAGUCACUGCUCUGAAACAACAGGUAGACAAAUACCAGCAGGAGAUGAGUUGUAUGGAAGAGAUGGAAAGAGCAAAAGAAGACCUACUGGUGCCUGAAACUCUGAGAGCUGAGAAGGAAGAUUUCCAAGAGAAGGAGGAAAACUUGCAGAGCCCAGACGACAUGGUCGAAGGUUUAAGACAGGAGGUUUCCUCAGAGGAGGAUCUCUCAGGAGAAACCUUGCCAGGUUGUUCCUCGGAUACGGAAUCUGAGGAAGAAACUGAGAUUGCUGCAGAAACCAUCCUGGAGGAUUUGGAUAAUACUGAAACCAUCCAGGAUGGUAAAAAGAAAAAAUCCAAAAUUUCAAUUUGGAAAAGAAUUCGGAACACAUUGCGAUU